AUGAGCCAACUCGGAAAAUCCCUGCCGGCCUUCGCAAGAGAAAAUCUGAAGAUGGCUCGCGUUCUACCGAUAAGCACUCAUCCAAGAAGCACAAGGGUGCUGUCAUCAACAAGUACGGACCUCCUCCCGGUCCUCCUCAUGGAGGCCACGGCCAUCCCUCACCCUACGGUGGCCCUCCAACACCCCAGCCUCCAUAUGGGGCGUACCAGCCGCCUACUCCGGGUGCGCACUAUCAUGGCUAUGGCGGACAUCAGUCACCUACGCCCCAGUCACCCCACGGCUAUUAUGGCCCGCAUUCUUCUCAUGGUUCUGCUCCGCCUGGGAAUAUUGUCCCGACAAGUUCGCCUUAUGGAGCGCCAAGCUAUAGUCACCCUUAUGGGACCCCUGACGCGUAUGGCGGACAUCAUCUCCGACCGGGCUCAGCAGCACCUCUCAAUAGCCCCCGAAUGCACCGCCGACCGGCUCCUACUUCCCGCCACAACCGCCGUAUUAUGGAGGCGCACCUCACCAAGGCCAUCCUCACCCUCACCCACCCCCUGCACAACCCUAUACGGCGCCCCAUCAGUACCCGCCACCCCAAAGGGCUCUUCCUCCACAUCCAUCGCUUCCCACCCCUCCACCGCACGUAGCGGGACCAGGGCCGAGCCACUUCUACCCUGUGUCUUAUCCUCCAGGCCCCUCUAG